CACAAACUUUCACUUUUGUUUCUUCACAAGUCACUUCCUUGUUUGUCUGACUGAUUCUCUCUGCCUGCCUCUCCUCAGACUGACGAUGGCUGAAACCCAGCUGUUUGUAUCACAGGACGAGUUCACCUGCUCGAUGUGUCUGGACACCCUGACUGACCCCGUGUCACUGCAUUGUGGUCACAGUUUCUGUCUGAAGUGCCUCACGGACUGCUGGGAUCAGAGCCAAGAGUGCAGCUGUCCUCAGUGCAGACACACCUUCACCACAAGGCCUGAGCUGAACAGAAACACUCUGCUGAAUGAAGUCAUUAAGAAAUUAAAGAAGACGACACUCAGUUCUCCUCCAUCUCAGAAUUUUGCUGGCCAUGGAGACGUGGAGUGUGACUUCUGUACUGGGAAGAAGUUCAGAGCAGUGAAGUCCUGUCUAACCUGCAUGGCCUCCUACUGUCAGACUCACCUGCAGCCUCACUAUGAAGGAGACGCCUGGAAGGGACACAAGCUGGUUGAUCCUGACAGAAAUCUGAAGGAGAAACUCUGUGAGAAACAUCAGAAAAGUCUGGAGAUAUUCUGUCAAACUGAUGAUUCCUGUAUCUGCAUGAUGUGUGUGGUGACUGGACAUAAAAAUCAUGAAAUGGUCGAGCUGGAGACAGAGAGGGAAGAAAAACAGAAACAGCUGGGGGAGACACUGAGUGACAUCAAGAGGGGACUUGAGGAGAGAGAGAAGACACUGAAGGAGACGAGGAGGGCGAUGGAGGAGAUGAAGAUAUCUGUGGAAAGAGACAUGGAAGAAAAUGAGAAGAGCUUCACUGUUCUGAUACAGUGCAUUGAGGAAGCCCACAAGAAACUGACUGAGACGAUCAGAGAACAAGAAAAGAGAGAAACUGAGAAGGCUGAAGGAGUCAUGGAGCAACUAGAGAAGGAGAUUGAGGAGCUGAAGAAGAGAGAAGCUGAGCUGAAGGAGCUUUCAGAGACCAAGGACCAUCUCCACUUCUUACAGACUUUCUCAUCUCGCUGUGUCCUUCCUGCUGAUGGAGACUCGCUGAGCUUCACUGUCACCACUGAUUUCUCAUCUGAGGACCUGAGAAAGGAGCUGUCAGGUCUGACAAAGAGUCUGGAGAAGAUCAUCCAGUGGGACAUCAUGACAAGGACUCAGUCAGGUGCUCAGCAACUUAAACCAUCUGCGCUGGGCAGGCUGCAAGGACACCAGCAUGUAGAACUGAACACGAGCGGAGGAGCCUGUACUGGCCAUUACACGGCUCCACAUGUGCCAGGACUCACCGUGCCUCACAGCGCUCACCCGCUAGUCAGCCCCACGUUCCUGUGGCAGCGCCUUCAACGCACAAACGCUCAUGAAGUUCCAGUUUUCACCCUCCAGCCUCCUGAACCUCAGAGCAGACACGACUUUUUAAAAUACUUCUGUCCCCUCACACUGGACAUCAACACGGCAAACAAACAACUCCGUUUGUCUAAAGGGAACAAGAAGGUGACACGUGAGGGGACAGUGACUAGAUAUCCUGAUCAUCCUGACAGAUUUGAACACCGGGAACAAGUUCUGUGCAGAAAGGCUCUGACUGGGACUCGCUGUUACUGGGAGGUGGAGUGCAGUGGAGAUAUCAUGAGGAUUGGAGUCGCAUAUAAAGGACUGGGCAGGAAAGGAAAGGGCAAAGAUAGCCUCAUUGGAUGCAACAACAAGUCCUGGUGUUUGCAAUGUUCUCAUUCCCAGUACUCUGUGCUUCACAAUUACAAGCAGACUGAAAUCAGCGCCCCCUACAGCCCCAGAAUAGGUGUGUAUCUGGACUGGCCUGCUGGCUCUCUGUCAUUUUAUAGCAUCUUACACACAAUGACCCUCCUGCACAGGUUCAAGACCUCCUUCACUGAGCCCCUUUAUCCAGUGUUUUGUCUUAGUCUAAACUCCAGUGUAACAAUCAGCCAUCUGACACCAUGUGAACACUGACCAGUAUACUCCACGAGUCACUUGAUGUCCCCACAAGCUCAGGUCCUCUUUGUGUUUGUAGUUUAGGGUGAAAUUAAAUUCACAUGAUGGCUGGGCUGCACCUCUGUGAUUGAAUUUGUGGAUGAGAAUGUGGGGCGAGUGCGGCUGUCAGGAUCUCCAUUAUUAUUGGGUUUGAGUAGCCAAUCAGGUGUGUGUGUCAUAAUGAGGGGCGGAGACACCUCAGACCUACAAAUACCAGUCUGACCAGUAUGGGUCACUGUUGAUUCACAAGCCACAUUUCCAUCAGGCUGACAACCCAACAACUACUGAGUCCCCCAAGUGUCACUGAAUGUCACCUGUUAAGUAGGACAGGCAUGUGGUCCUGCUGGAUCAGCACAACUGAAAGGCGCUAUACAGACUCGGUAUAGAGAGCUCUUGAAUAGUGACUAUAUGUAGGAGCAGAGAGUGACAGAUGGGACUGGAGUGUUGUCCACUCACCAGACAUUUUGUGACCCUCUAUUGGUCACUCAAAGGGUCCUUCACUUCAGAAUGAAUUCACUGUGAAUGUCUGAAGACGAGGACUCACCUGUCAGUCAGACGUCAGCCAUACUGACAGAGUUUGGUGUUUUAGUUGAUGUCACAUUAAACUUUAAGCUGCACCUCCUCCUUGUCCCCAGAUUUGUCACUCUUGGUACCCUGAAAGCUCCAACAUCUUCAAUAAAUUGGUCUGUUAGGCACACACUUGACAUGGGCGCACAUGUGUGGCUUUGCAGUGGACUGGCACCCCGUCCAGGGUUGGCCCACCUUGUCCACAAACCUGAAAUUGAAAAGCGGAUAAGAAAGACAACGAAUGGACAGAAGGGGUCACUGAUUGGUCAGUCGCCACACUACUGCCUCUUGUGGCCACUCUAAAUAUUACACAGCAAUUUUUACAAAAAGGAAAUCUAAAAGAUAAAAGCAGAAAGCAUUCAGUGAAAUCCUGAGCAGUGAAACAUGAAAGGAGAGAAUGAGAAACAAUCAGAGAGUCAGACGAAUGGAGACUUUAACAG